CCAGGCAGGAGAAAGAUGAAUUGGUACUGGGUUCUUUUCCUAAUAGUCAUAAAUGGAGUCGAAGGUCUUAUUUACAAGGACUGGUUCCCUGGUCCAAUGGAGAAAUGCUUAAUAGAUCGUAGCCGUGGAGUCUCACCUAGAAGGAUACCAGCAUUUGAUAUCCUGUUCGAGUGUAAAAAUUACCAAGUUGCUUAUAAUAAUGUGAAUAAUGAUGUGAUCAGUCCGGUCACUGAAGACAACGAACGAUACUUUCAACAUCUUGGUCGUCGUUUGCAGGGACUGGAGUCUGAAUACAAACGAAGGAAAAGAAGUGCUAAAUGGAAGUGGAAUAAUGAAAGAAAGGAAAUCCGGACGAUGACAAACAAACAGCUUGAUGAUUAUUUUGCUGCUCUUAAUGCUUUAAAGAAAGAUGGAUCCUAUGAUGCCAUUACAAGACUUCAUCAACAAGCAGCCAUAAUGGGUGCACAUUUUGGACCUGGAUUUCUAGGAUGGCAUAGAAUAUAUAAUUUGGUAUUACAGCUAGCAAUCUGGGAUAAGAACCCCCGAGUUAUGUUACCAUACUGUGAUACAACUUUGGACCACAACAUGAAAGACCCCAAAAAAAGUGUUUUAUUUGGUGAACGGUAUUUUGGAAAUCUCCGCGGAGCUAUUAAGGUUGGGCCAUUUAAAAAUUGGAAUACGACUGCAAACGUGAUAUUACAACGAGAUGGUGGGCGGUUUGGAUCAUUUAUGACAGAUGAAGGGUAUAAACAAACUAUGUCUCAUAAACAUAUGAGAGAGGUCACUUUAGGAACAUCUCUGGGUCAAAUCGAAAGACAACACAACAAUCCUCAUGUGUAUAUUGGGGGUCUUAUGAGUGAUCUUAACUACGCACCAUGUGAUCCAUUUUUCUUUUGUCAUCAUAAUUACAUUGAUUAUGUUUGGGAACAAUUUAGAGAAAAUCAAAGGAGAAAAAAUGUAGACCCAGGCCGUGAUUACCCUAACAACACUAUGAACUUACACGAACCAGACACGCGCCUUCCUAUGAUCGCAGAUUAUCUAAAAGUUAAUCUAACCCAAGCAGAUUGUAGUCACAAUAUGUUUUCCGAUAAAUUUUUGAUUAAUUUCGCAAAAUCACCAAAGUAUCCAAACUGUGGCAACUAUCCGCAUAUUUUGAGAAAUGAUUCAAGAAAGGUAUGUUACUCUGUUGAAGUAAAUCCUGCAGAAGUUGACUUUUUAGAAAGAAUGCGUUCCAGUGAAAAAAAAUUUAAGGUAUCUCACGGCUUUGUUGCAUCUGUGAACGAUGAAAGAAACUCACAAAAGAAUAUUUUCAAAAGAUCAGCGGUAAUUCAAAAUGUGUCUACUAGAAAAUCAAAUAAUGUUUCGCCUGGUAACCAACCGAUUCAGAACGACUUCCUGUUAAAUGGUAUUGUUUCCUCAAAGAAUUGGGCAUACAUACCAGUACGAAUAGUAUACAAACGUCCACCUAAUUGCCGUUUCAAUAUUGGAACGGCUAAAUACCAAAGAGCAAUGGAAGAAAAGGCGGAACAUAAAAGACAAGAAACGUUGCACUUCGAAGAUGGCGACUUGUACGAUCCACGUGCGUAUCCAAGACUUUGGAAAAAACUACGAGAAGGUAAUCCUGCUUCGUUUGGUGAUUUCAAAGUAAGGGGAUCAGGGGAAUCAAAAAUUUUUGUCGAAACAACAGGAUUAUCGUACAAAGGAGACUAUAAAGAGUAUGCUAUAGUUGAUGAACGGCAACCAAUCAGUGAAGCUGUAGCAUAUGUUGCAUUAAAGCGCCCAAGUGAUGGUGAAACAGUCCAAACGUUUGUAACAGCUUUUGAUCCUAAUGGACGUGUUUGUGAGGCUCACUGCCACGUAAAAAGCUCAAACCCACCAAAAUAUGAACGCUGUUCUGGUGUUAUAAACAUUAACUCUAAAGAACCAAAAAUGUAUGGGGAUAAUUUGGGUGAUGCUUAUUUGCUAAGAUACCGUUUCCAAGGCGACAAUCUACCUAGUAGUCAUGAUGGAGACGUCUUCUUAAUGUUUUUCUGUAACUAUGGGAAACGGUUUCCAUGGGAAAAGACAUAUAAUAAGAAAUAAAUACAUUUUGUAUAUCAUACAUGUCGAUUUAUCUAUUUCAGAAUGUACAGAAGUUCAUUAAAAGACUGUUCUUUUUCUUCA